AUGCCUAUCACAGCCGCAGAGUACAACACUUUCUACUUCAUCGCCAAACUCAUCCGCCAAGUGUUCCCGGGGCACAGAUUGUAUGUCGCCCGUGAAAAGAACCUAACCGGCAAGGUUAUAAGCUACCACGCCGGGGUGGCGAGGUAUGAAGGCAAGACACUUUUGGGAGAUCUGGAGGACUACGUGCACGAUAACUUUGAGCAGAUCGAGGCAGAGCGGCGGGCUAGAGAUGCUGAACUUGAUGCUGAACUUGAUGCCAUGGAACCAUCCAGUGAAGAGGAAGACGAGGGGGGGAAGAGGAAAGGCAAGGCGCCGGGUGGAAGAGGUCCAGAUAAAAAGCCCCGGUUAGACACCGACCAGUCUCUACGGAAGGGGGACGCGGAAAAGUCUGGUAAACGCAAGUCAAGUGAGGACUCUUCACCAGUUCGGGUGAAGGCAAGAGCGAAGCGAGAGGAUAGAGAGUUGAAGGAAGGGACAAGGGGCGGUCAGGGUGAUGUGCAGACUUCGUAG